GUUGUGGAAACGAGACAUGUGAUUUGUUUUUCGGAGUUCCUGAACGCAGCCAUAGUUACCGUGACACACCCCCUUUUUAUGCUACUUUAGUGGCACGAUUUUUAUUUAACAGUUAUGCAAGCAAAAUAACGCAAUUAAAAAAAAAAGGAAAUACACUUUAUUAUCCAUGUUAACAUCCAUGUAUUUUGUUCUUAUUAAUAACCAUGUUUUACUGUUCAUAUUAAUUUGCGCUUUGGACGUUGCUUCACAACAAUGCUGCCUUCACUUGCUGUCAGAAAAACGAGUGACGAUUGGCAAACGCGAUACAAUUUCAUCACAAUGACGCUAUAUAGAAACACGAUGCAUUUUUAUGCUAAUUUGCGUGUAUAUGUAAUGCGUUUUUUUUGUGAAAUAAGCGUGGUUUUGUUGUGGAAAUUAGACAAAGCGUGUGAGUUUGUGUUUUUCGGAGUUCCUGAACGCAGUCAUAGUUACCGUGUCACACGCCCUUUUUAUGCUACUUUAGUGGCACGAUUUAUAUUUAAGUUAUGCAAGCAAAAUAACGCAAUUAAAAAAGUAGGAAAUAUACUUUAUCAUCCAUGUUAACAUUCAUGUAUUUUGUUCUUAUUAAUAACCAUGUGUUACUGUUCAUAUUAAUAUGCGCUUUGAACGUUGCUUCACAACAAUGCUGCCUUCACUUGCUGUCGGGAAAACGAGUGACUGUUGGCAAACGCGAUACAAUUUCAUCACAAUGACGCUAUAUAGAAACACGAUGCAUUUUUAUGCUCAUUUGCAUGUAUAUUUCAUGCGUUUUUUUGUGAAAUAAGCGUGGUUUUGUUGUGGUAACAAGACAAAGAGCGUGGGUUUGUGUUUUCCGGAGUUCCAGAACGCAGCCAUAGUUACCGUGUCACACCCCCUUUUUUAUGCUACUUUAGUGGCACGAUUUAUAUUUAACUGUUAUGCAAGCAAAAUAACGCAAUAAAAAAAAAGUCGAAAAUGUGUAAAACAGAGGUGUCCAAACGUUUUCCAGCGAGGGCCACAUAGAGAAAAAUUUAAGGAUGCAUAUACAUUUUGUAUAUGAAAAAUACUCAAACCAAAACAAUCUGCAGGCCUUAGCAACCGGCCGUUGCUAAGGAAGCUGCACCGAAAGAAUGAAAAGGCGCUUGUUGUAUGGCGAGGGGGCGGAAUGUAAAGAAACAUCCAGCUGCAACCUGCUGCAGGACCCCAUAGCGCCCACUGACUCAUCGUGUCAGCAUUACGUGUGUCGCGCCUGCAAAGGUCAGAGGAUGCAGCUGAAGCCGUCAUGCAGCUGGUGCAAAGACUACUCCCGCUUCCAGGAGAACCGCCAGCUCUCCUUGCUGGUGCGCUGCUACAGGAAGCUCUGCCUCUACAUCACGCAGUCGCCGCUCGCCCCGCACAUCGCCAGCGCCGCCGACGACUCGCCCGACCUGCAGGCCGUCCUCAGCGAGGGCCUCAAGUUGGCCGAGAGCGAGCACGAGGACGCUUCGGACGCCGAGAGCUCCCCUCAGACUGCCUUGCCCGACCAAGCCCCGCCCCCCAGUGAGGUGAAAGGUGAGGAUGCGAGCCUUAAUGGGCUGCACGAUUGUAACGGGCUGGUCGCCAAGCAGGAGGGCUUUUCGGAGGCACUCCCGGUGUGCGUCGCGGCGGAGGCGGGACUUUGUGACAUCGGCACUUUCGGAGAGGACUUGAAACAUGGCGGGGGUCCGCUGUUGUUGAGCGUGGAGGAGGUGCUUCGGACCUUGGAAACGGACACUGAGCCCACCCAGCAGCUAGAUGACCCUCUUAUACCGCUAUCUAACCUCAAUGGUCCUACCUGCCCUGCUGAGCCCCGCCCCCUUCCCCUAGAGAGCAUCCGCCACCCCUUCCAGGCCUCAGCCGUCGCCCCCCCGCGCUGCCACCGCAAACGUUCCCGCUCUGAGAGCGACAGUGAGAAGGUGCAGCCCCUCUCCAUUUCCAGCCUCCUCCAGGCGCCCUCCCCCAACAGAGCGCCCCUUUACCUCACCCUGGGCACCCCCACCAGACCGGAGCCCAGGUUCCACGCUGCCGCGCCACACCACCUGGCGCCGGUUUCUAACGGCGGCUCCCUCAAGACAGGCAAGACGGCGCUGGUGAAGCCGCUGAAAAAGACGGCCGAGCACCACGGCGGCGCCAAGAAGGCUCACGCCAAGGCCCGGCAAGGUGCCCCCAAACCCCGGUCACAGCCUCGGGUACCGCCCCACCCCCACGCUCACCCCCCCACACACCCGCCCAGCCCCUCCAAGCCGCUGUAUAAGAAGCCUGUGGAGAAAAAGGGCUGCAAGUGCGGGCGAGCCACCCAGAACCCGUCAGUGCUGACCUGCAGGGGGCAGCGUUGUCCUUGCUACUCCAACCGCAAGGCGUGUCAGGACUGCAUCUGCCGUGGCUGCCAGAACUCCUACAUGGCCAAUGGUGAGAAGAAGCUGGAGGCCUUCGCCGUGCCUGAGAAGGCCUUGGAGCAGACGCGCCUCACGCUGGGCAUCAACCUCACCAGUAUCGCCGCCGCCGCCCUGCGUGGUCCGACCGGCGGCUCGCCCGGCAACACCAUCCUCAACGUGAGCACCGCCACAGGAGCGCCCGUCCCCGCCGCCUUCCUGUCGGGGGCGGGGCACGACAGCCGAGGGUUUGACGACUCACUGGACAUGCGCUUUGACUGCUGAGGUGGUCCUGAGCAUCAUCAUCAUCACCACGGAGUCAUUUUUCUACAUGACUUCAUCAGGAACAUUUUAUGAUCUAUUUUUUACAAGAUGGGAAAAAUUAAACAGACCAGCUUUUGACGUUAAAAGAAGUGACUCCGGCAGCUCCCUGUGACCUUUAACCCCUCAUGCACACGUCAACUUGCUGCUAAAAGACCAGAAGAGACUCACUAGUUUGUUCUAUUAAGUACAUCCGCCACACUUGACUAUUUAUUGGAGCAACGUUGCGGUCGUGUCUUAGCGUUAGCUUGUGUCUCCCCCCCCUCCCUCCAGGGGCAUUUACAUGUCAUAUAACUUUCAUGUUUCCACAAAAAGGAAAAAAAUCAAACCGUUCAAAAAAGUUUGCCUGUGGGCUUUUUUUUUUCCCCCUCAAGCUGCAGUUCUUCAAGCGGGCACAAGAUGGCAGCACAGCACGUGUUGUACAACAGGGUAGGGAACAUUUAUUGCACACAUUUACACAUAACACUUAUUUACAUUCACAUUUCAUUUACAACUUGACCCAUUACAAUUUAACAUGUUUCCUUUUAACCCCGCGUUGACGUUUUUAAAAAAAAUGCUACAACGCUGCAUUCAUGACCGUGGGACGUUUUAAUGUCGGGACCAUAAAGCUACAGUUUCAUGUGAGCUGUUACAAAUUAAUCAUUUAUAGCCAGUGUUUGAUAAAAAAAAAAGCAAAA